UUUCUGUACUCUCUACCAAGCUGCAGUGUGUGCACGACAGUUUCCAGCGCUUGUCUUCUUUCUCGUCAGCUAUGGCCCUGUUGAAGUCCAGCAAGAUCAUUUCUACCGUAGGGGUGUACCCUCCUUUGGGUGCCUUCUCCAUUCGUGCCAGCUCAUGGUGGUCUGAGGUCCAGAUGGGUCCCCCCGACCCCAUCCUGGGGGUGUCGGAGGCUUACAAGCGGGACACCAACCCUAAGAAGAUUAACCUGGGUGUAGGGGCCUACCGCGAUGAUCAGGGCAAACCAUUUGUCCUCAGCUGUGUUCGCAAGGCUGAGGCUCAGAUUGCUGCUAAGAAGCUGGACAAAGAAUAUCUGGCUAUUGGCGGUCUAGGGGACUUUAAUAAGGCAUGUGCCAAGCUGGCUUUGGGAGACGACAAUGAGGUCAUCAAGAGUGGCAGGAACAUCACUGUCCAAACUAUUUCUGGAACUGGCUCAUUAAGAAUCGGAGCUAACUUUCUGUCUCGUUUCCAUACGGAGGCCAGGGAAGUAUACCUGCCCACACCCUCAUGGGGGAACCAUACCCCCAUCUUCAGGGAUGCAGGGAUGCAGCUGAAGGCCUACACCUACUAUGACCCAAAGACUUGCGGCUUCGAUUUCCAGGGAGCCCUGAAUGACAUCUCUAAAAUCCCCGCAAAGAGUGUCAUCAUGCUUCAUGCCUGCGCCCACAACCCCACAGGGGUCGAUCCACGGCCCGAACAGUGGAAGGAGAUCGCCGAGCUGGUGAAGAAAAGGAACCUCCUGGUGUUCUUUGACAUGGCCUAUCAGGGCUUUGCCAGCGGGGAUAUUGACCGGGAUGCCUGGGCCGUCCGUUACUUCAUUGAGCAGGGCCACAACAUUUUGCUGUCUCAGUCCUUUGCUAAGAACAUGGGUCUUUAUGGUGAACGAGUUGGGGGCUUCACUGUGGUUUGUAAGGAUGCAGAGGAGGCCAAGCGCGUGGAGUCCCAGCUGAAGAUCCUCAUUAGGCCCAUCUACUCCAACCCUCCCAUGAACGGGGCACGUAUCGCUGCCACCAUCCUCAAUACACCAGAUCUGUACAAGGAGUGGCUGGGGGAGGUGCAUGGCAUGGCCAACCGUAUCAUCACAAUGAGGGAGCUGUUGGUGGCCAACCUGAAAAAGGAGGGCUCUACUAAGAACUGGCAGCAUGUCAUUGACCAAAUUGGCAUGUUCUGUUUCACGGGGCUGAAGCCUGAACAGGUGGAGCGUCUUACGAAAGAGUUUUCGGUCUACAUGACAAAAGAUGGGCGCAUCUCCAUGGCUGGAGUAACCUCUGGCAACGUGGGUUACCUUGCACAAGGCAUCCAUUCAGUAACCAAGUGAGAUGGCUCACCAGACGUCACUGUACUGUAGUCACCACCAGUGGGCCGAGAGGGGCAGUAGUGUUGGACAAGAAAACAAAAAGUACCGUCAUUUAACUCUCUCUGCUUUUCUGUAGGGGAAAGACUCAAGAUGUUACCAUAGUUAUUUUUGUUGGCGUCUUCUGUUGGCAUUGUCUAGAUAUUGUAUGUUGGACCAUGAGUGACUAAAUUAUAACUCUGGGUUCAUUGGGGGGGAUAAACAUUUUAGGAAUUAUUGAAUCUUUUAGAACCCCAACCCUAUCAAAGGAUCUUAUAGAUAACAUAUUCCAGUAAAAGCACACGAUUUCUCUUAAAACCCAUGUUCUAUAUUACAGCAGUCCUCACUUAGUUUAAACACACACCGUGUCCAAAUAAGGACUGCUUAGUUAUUGGAUGUGGCAUGAAAACACCAAAGACAUACUAAUGGUUGAGAGAUUUCUGGUUAGGAGAAUGCUGUCUUUUGGGUAACUGUAUUGAAAUGUGCAUCUUUUAAUUAAGGAGUAACUUGCAACACCUCGUUCCAAAACAAGUCAUACCAGCUGCUGCAAAAGUAUAUCAGAAGAACCUGUCUAGGUGAUGAGUCAGGGCCCUUUAAUGUGGAAACAGAUGUGCUCCGUGGGGUCCCUGAUUGUGAUGAUCAAUUGGCCACAAUGUGUGCUAUGGAUGUUAUUUUGCUGUUGUAAUUUAUUGUAGAGGAUGAGCGCUGUCUAGAAAGCAAUAACUAAGAGGCAAUCUUCUUUUGUGGUUGUGAGCGAAAGAUGAAAAGCAGGUUCCGCAUUCUAGAAUGGAGGGUCCCAGAUGUUCUAAAGCAGACCUUGAAUCCUUACUUCUUGAGGUUGCUGAACACUGAAUUUCCAGGAGUUUUUUUUUUGCACUUUUGGGGGAGGUAUUGUUUUUGUUCAAAACAGACAUAUUUAAAUGAUCUUUCUCUGCCCAGUCAUGUUAUUACCCACAGAACAAAAUCUAAACUUAAUUUUGACAGUACUUAAUGAAAUAAAUUAAUCUAUGUACACUGUAAUCAUAAGUCAGCUUAAUUUAUGUUUGACCAGUGUGUUAUUGUUACUUUAAAAUAAAGGUGGUUGCCCAGUU